CAAGACUUGAAGAACCAAAUUUGUUCUAUCCACCAUCCACGGCUGGCAAUCUUUUGGGUCUUUGCUUCCACGCAGUCAAGGCCAUCCGCAAAAUACUGAGCUCCUUGGAGAUUACAACCAGCAAAGGUUGGUGCAAACAGAACAAACAUCUUGUGCAUCCGCGUCGCGUCGGAUCUUGAUAGGGACUUGGUCGUAUCUUCAACCUGACACAUUGCUUGAUAUAUCUGUUGUCCUGUUUCAGUGACCGGUUAGCCUAAUAACAAGAGCGAUAGCGACAAUGAGCUCCUCUGAACCGGUUGAGCCGUUAGCCGGCACCGACCAGCAGAAGAACUCUCAAGAUGCCGGUAAGCGGAGAGAGAGCUUCAGCUCUCAGAACUCGCAAACCGCCAAAGAAUUCAUCGAAUCGCAAAUGCGUCUCGAGGCCGACGCCCGCGAGAUCCUACCAUACUCCUUUGAUUCCUGCACACAAGCUCUAGGACCCCUGCGACAGAUCCUGUUUGCUUGUCUCACAUGCAACCCUCCGUCCGAUAAGCCAGAUGCACCGCACACUUCCGCAGGCGUCUGCUACUCCUGCUCUAUCGCUUGCCACGGCGAACAUACCCUUGUCGAGCUAUUCAGUAAGAGAAACUUUGUCUGCGACUGUGGUACAACGCGCGUGUCGUCCGGCCUACCCUGUACGCUUCGGAAUGACCCCAAGACCGGUGCAAAGGGCGCUCGGUCCCAGGAACCAGCGCCGGAGAACAAUUACAACCACAAUUUUCAGAACAGGUUCUGCGGCUGUGGCGAGAACUACAAUGCCUUCGAAGAAAAAGGAACAAUGUUUCAGUGUCUUGGGCUGGGUACGGUCGAAACCGGUGGUUGUGGUGAGGAUUGGUGGCAUCCGGAGUGCCUGAUCGGUCUGCCAAGGAACUGGUAUAAGAAAGCGAAAGCUGCGACGGAGGAUGUCGAGGCCGCGAAGCAGAAUGGUGAGGCGGAUGACAAUGACGAUGAGGAUACGCCUCUGCCCCCGGGAUUCCCGGCCGAAGAUGACUUCGAGACAUUCUUGUGUUACAAAUGUGUCGAAUCAAAUCCAUGGUUGAAGCGAUACGCAGGAACACCGGGGUUUCUUCCGGCAGUCUACAAAGAAGGCAGACUGUCCAAAGGCCCCGAGGAGCAGCGCACAAGCGCAGAGCCUCCGAACGCGCCUUCCGAGCCGUUGACCAACACAAAGAAACGCAAGGCGGACGACGAUGACACGACAGAGGCAAAGGAGACAGACGUGCCAUCUGCAAAGCGGACAAAGUCAGAGGUCGAUAAUGAAGAAAUCCCCACAGAAUCAAAGCCAGACACGACUCAACGCGAACCCGCCAAACCCAAGCACGAAUCCCUCCCUAACCCACCCCCAUCCGGAGCAUUUUCCCUCUUCCUCAAAGAAGACUUCCGCGAGCGCUUCUGCCGCUGCCCAGAGUGUUACCCCAACCUGGCCAAGUACCCCCAACUCCGCGAAGAGGAGGAAACAUACGAGCCCCCUCUCUCGGAGGAUGGUGAUGCCAACGGCGGAGGCAGCACCGGAACAGGCAGUAUCUACGACCGCGGCGAGGCAGCCUUGAGUAACAUCGACCGUGUCCGGGCUAUCGAGGGUGCGAUGGUGUAUAACCACCUCCGUGAUAAAGUGAAGGAGUUUUUGAAGCCCUUUGCGGAGUCCGGCACGGCGGUCAGUGCUGAGGAUAUCAAGGCCUACUUUGAGAAGUUGCGUGGUGAUGAGAAGCCGAUCAAGGAUGCUGCUGCUGGUCAGGCCUCCGCUUCUUCCGGGAAUGGCGGCAACGAGAAGGACGAGGGAGGAGAUGGUCGGAAAGAACAAAGUGGCUACUGAGAUUAUGCGUCUUUUCGGCUCAAUCUUGACAUCGAAUUGUAUUUUAUGAAACGCAAUAAUGAAAUGGAUCUAGAAAUGGGAAUCGGUAAUGGCACUGGGAUUUCAUUAGGCGUUUAUGGAGGGAAGGAAUGGAUGGAAUUUGUACAUCAAAGCACCUAUUUCAUUUGCAAUCUAAGUCUAAUUACU